CCAAGCCCCUCCAGCCACCGACUCAUUUCCUUGAGAAAAAUUGGUGACAAAGCUUGAAAUUUCUCCUUCUUUUCUUGUUCUAGAACACAUAUAGAACCCAAAAACCUCCCCCCCUCUGCAGGAAAUUUCGGAUCUGCUUUGCUCUGUUCCUCACCGUCGGUUGCUCUUGCUUAUAGGUGCGAAUUGCUCUGGUUUCUAGUAAGAAAUAGCCACCAAUUCCUCUGUUCUUCCUGAUUUGCCUUGGGUUAACUUUGAUUUCUCUUGGUUCUCCAAUUUUUGGGAUAGAUCCCAAAUUUCUCCCCAAUUCCCGCCGGCUUCCCCUAGCUUGCAGCUCCGAUUUUUGCUGCUAAAUUCUGGAAACGAAACCGAGGACGGGGAACCCAAAGGGAGUGACGAGGUAGAAGGCUAGCCAUUCUUAUUGGAUAUAAGUUUUAGAUCUUAUCAUCAUUUUGUAAGGUAGAUUUUAUUCUUGAGAUGUUGUGAUUUGAAUAAGUUUCGAGCCUUGUGCACUUGUGGGACCCAUCUCACGAGUGCACGGCGUCUACCACGUCCCCGGAUUUGGGUUCUGGGCCGUGACAGUUGAAAAGCUAAUAUUAACAGAAGGGCCCAAGCCAACAACAUUCCUGGGAAUGCGAUCACCUCUUAUCUCAACUUCUCUUUCAAAAUAAAGCGAGAUAAACCACUUUCGGGUUCUGCUCAUUUUCUUCUUUCCCGUCCCCUGCAUCCUCCCCCAAGCUGCUGAUAUUCCUCUCUUGAGGAAUUGGCAAAAGCUUGCUAUUUUUCUCCUCUUUUCUUGUUCAAGAACAAGAUUUGGACUGAGAAAUCAUCCCCUCUGCAGAAGAAAUCCCGGAUCUGCUCUGCUCUUCUCCCCUGUCCGUCGGCUGCUAUGUGGGUGUGAGGUUUUUGGGCUUUUUCUAGUAAGAUUUAGCCAUGAAUCCCUCUCUUUAACCUUGAUUUAGGUUGGGUUUACUUUAAUUGCUUUAUUCCCUUCCAAUUUCUGGUAGAGCCGUGAGCUUCUUCCCCAAAAUCCCGUCAGUCCCCAUGCUCGCCUGGUGCGGGUUCUGCUGGUCGGAAAAAAAAAGGGGGAAUUCUGGUAUGUGCUAGCUUCUCCAAGGCUGAAUUUUACCCAUUUAAUUGCUGGGUUUUGUCCAUUUAGUUAAUGCUCUGUGUUGUCCGAAAAUUUGUGGAAAUAGGAAGAAAUUUGGCAGCCAUUUCAGUAUGUAAUUUUAGCUUUAAUUCAUGUAGAAAUGGCUUGAUUUGCUGCUGUGAAUUUUCUGGAGAGAAAAUCCCGUGUGUGAGUUGUGGGUUGCCAAGGCCAUGCUCUCCAUGUGCUGCCCGUGAGAUUGGGGAAAUUUUGGUAGCUUUAAGCUAUGUUUUUAAGUGUGGUUAAGUAGGAAAUUAGCUUGAAUUGGGUUGUUUUGAUUUUGGAGAAAAAUCCCGUGAGAUUAGCUAUGUUUUGCCAAUUUUGGAAGUUGAAGUUACUGUUCACGGGUACUGUUCACGGGUACUGUUCACACUCCGAGAGUCAACAAUUAACGGGGAUUUAAUUGUUUAGUUUGUAAUAUAAGAAUAAAUUUGGAGAUGUCCGGUUAUGUGGAGAUUGAUAGAAAUAGCACCGUGAUUAGGGGUAGUGCUAAUGAUGAUUUUACUUUGAAUUUGUAGUAGUGCGGUAUUAAUUGUGGAAUAUUGUGAUUAGGUUUGAUCGUUCUGUCACUGUAGCACUUGGGUUAGCCUUCUGUUCUGUGCGAGUAAGGUAAGUAAAAUUAUGGUAAAGCCCUUUGAUUUUAAAGCAUAUUUUAAACUGUUUUUGAGAUGGUGGUAAGGUAAAAUUGAUUUUAAAUUGAUUUUAUCAGCAUCUGAGUGUGAUUAAACUGAAAUGAAAAUUUGGAUGAUUUUAAAUGAAAAUUUCAUGGUUUUUCUGAAGUAGAGUAUGCCACUUGGAACUUACAGAACUGCUGUGAUGAUUUAAGGAUUUUUUGUAAAUUAUGAUUUUUUGUUAAAUCCAUGCCUACAUGGAAUUUGCUAGUUAUUCUGAAAUUUGGGAUUUCGAUUGUGAAUUAUGGAUUUCGAUUGUGAAUUAUGGAUUUCGAUUGUGAAUUACGGAUUUCUUUUGUAAAUCUUGCAUGGUUGUCUCUGAUAUGGUCAUGAUUUUCGAUCCUCGCUACUGAUAUGGUCAUGAUUUCCGAUCCCCGCUAGUGGGAGUAAUGC